GAGGCCAAGGUGAUUUUAGACUUGAUGGGAGCAAUAAUUCAGUUAUGUGCGAGGACAAAUCUAAACAGAAAAUGGUAUUUUCAAGUAUAAAGAAAGGCAGUAACUUAAGCCAAAACCUGUACUAUGGCUUGCUGAUCCUAUUGAGAAAUAAUCUUAGGGUGUGGGGGGUUUUAUUACUGUAUUUUGAUUGUUUCCUUUGAGAAGGGGGUGCCUCUAUAGCAGCUCUCUAGUCUACAUGCCUUCUUGCAAAAGCUGCUUUCUAAACCCAGAAGUGAUGAAAUGCAGGCAACACGGGGAUAGGGGGAAGGGCCUAGCACUCAGCUGCAACAGGAGAGGUGACAACAAAGGGUUCUGAGCCCUCGAGGGAGGUGCUAGGCAGGACUAACGCUGCUCGCCCUGAAGCCGCUUCCCCCGAGAGCGCCUGUCUUCCCUCCCCGCGCUCCCGCGUAUCGCUGGCGGGGCGCGGCGCGUUACGGCUGCCGCGCUACGGUCAGGGUGUAAAUGCCGGCUCGCACUACGCAUGUGCGGUGCUCGUUCCGUCCCGCUGGGGAGCGUCACGGCCAGUGGGCGGGCGGGCUGAGUGCUGCGCCUCCGGCCAAUGGCGGCAGGCUUCAGUAUCGAGUACCGUUGCCACUAGUAGCGGCUGGGCCUGGGCGCGAGCGACCAGGGUCCUAUAGCAACGGCGGGGGCGAGGAUGGAGAGCGCGAGGGGCUGCGGCGCGCCCGGCGGGGGCAGCAUCUUUGAGGAUGAAAGCAUGAAACUACGACAACUGAAACUAGAAAAUCAGACAGCUGCUGGGCUGGGUGGAAUUCCCUUGGAGCUGCACCAUAAAAAGAGAGCUCUUCUGGAGAAGAAGCAGAGGAAGAAACGUCUUGAUCCCUUGAUGGUACAGCCAAAUCCUGAGGCAAAGCUGCGCAGAUCAAAGCCCAAAGGGUGUGAGGAGCAGACUCCUUUAGUAGAAAACCCAAUUCCUUUCCACAAUGAUGUUACAUUACAUGGCAUUGAUGGACCAGCUGCUUUCCUGAAAUCAGAAGUGCAAGAUUUAGGGACCAAACUCCAAACUCUCUGUGCUGGAUCUUCCAUAACAGAAGACAAUGCAGAUCAGGAAAAUGAUGGAGAGGCUCUAACAGAAACAGCAGACAAGCCAGAUCUGCAAGAAAUCUUACAGAAACGAGGAAUUUCAGGCAGUUUGAAUUUUGAUGAGGAGGACACAGAAGAGGAUGAAGAAACUAGUAAGAGACGAGCAUCUCAUUCACCAUAUCCUGAAUCUGAGAGGCCUAGUUCUGCAACCAGCCUGAAAUCUUCUGCAGAAACAGGUGCUUCCUGUACUCCAUCCCCACAGGCAGAUGCACAGCUGGGAGAAGUAGAGAACUUGGAGGACUUUGCAUUACGCCCUGCACCCCGUGGUAUUACAAUCAAAUGUCGAAUCACUAGAGAUAAGAAGGGAAUGGAUCGGGGCUUCUUCCCUACUUAUUAUAUGCAUCUGGAAAGGGAUGACAACAGAAAGACAUUCCUUCUUGCAGGGCGAAAGCGGAAAAAGAGCAAAACGUCCAAUUACCUGAUAUCAGUUGACCCAACUGACUUAUCUCGGGAAGGGGAAAGUUUUGUUGGAAAACUCAGGUCAAAUCUAAUGGGAACUAAAUUUACAGUCUAUGAUCAUGGAGUUAGCCCAAUCAAGGCGCAAGGUCUAGUGGAAAAGGCUCAUACUCGACAGGAGCUUGCAGCCAUUUGUUAUGAAACCAAUGUGUUAGGAUUCAAGGGUCCCCGGAAAAUGUCUGUGAUCAUUCCAGGAAUGAGUAUGAACCAUAAGCGAAUUUCAGUCCGGCCACGAAAUGAGCAUGAGAGUCUGCUAUCAAAGUGGCAAAACAAAAACUUGGAGAACCUCAUUGAGCUACAUAACAAGGCUCCAGUCUGGAAUGAUGAUACUCAAUCCUAUGUUUUAAACUUCCAUGGGAGAGUCACUCAGGCCUCAGUGAAGAACUUCCAGAUUGUCCACGACAACGACCCUGACUACGUUGUGAUGCAGUUUGGUCGUGUAGCAGAAGAUGUGUUCACUCUGGACUAUAAUUAUCCUCUCUGUGCUCUCCAGGCCUUUGCUAUUGGACUUUCCAGCUUCGAUAGUAAAUUGGCCUGUGAAUGAGAGAGACGACAGACUUGAGACAUGGAACUUACUGCCAUCCCUGCAUCUUGUUGUAUGAGUUCCAGGUGGAGUAAUGAGAAAUACACUGGGGAUUGAAGGGAACUGGAGGAAAGCAAAUAGCAGGCCUAAGGGCAUUGUGGUAGUUGACAGCAGACUAUCUUGGGAGACUGUCCCAAGACUGAGCAUUCUUUGUACGUAUUGUAGAAGAACAAGGCAUAUGCAUAAUGUUUUUGUUGUCAGUAUUAAUACUGCUUUCAAAAUCCUGAAACAGAAGCUGCAUGAGAGCAGGCUAAGAAAUUUAGGCCACUGAUUGGAACUGGUUCAGCUGGCAUUAGAAAAAUAAUGGUUUAGUGUCCAUAUACCUUGGAUCUUCAGCAGUGCCCCUGGAGUUGAUGCUGUUGAUCUUACUCUGAGCUCCUGAAGAGAUUAAUUCAGAAAAAGGAGGACAGUUAUGGUAUGUAUUCUAUUUUGCUCUGUGUGUUAUCUUGCUGUCUGUUACAACAUUCAGAGAAAGAGAGGGAAGGGUUCAGCUUAUGCCUCUGUGCAAUUGUAGGUAGUAUUCAACGAGUAAAGAGCUGGAAUGAGAGUCUGGUUUUAAUAAUCCACUUCUCUCUUACUCUGAAAAAUGGUUCUCUGUUAAGGCUGAUGGUCAAGUUCCCUUUCAUUAUUCUAAUUGCUGCAUAUCCUUGACAAUCUUUUUACCAAAUAAAGAAGAAUGAGAUCUCAAAUAGUCUCUUCUUAGUUGGUGAUAUUAUAUCACAUCCAUUCUUUCUCUUAUUCUUAACUAAUUGAAAAACGAGAUUGAACAGAUCAUAGAAUCUGACUGAAUCUGGCUGAAGGUAGUAUUGUAACAAUUUACAGUACUAUUCCUGAAAAGCAGUGUUCUGACUGAAUCUAGACUCUAAGCAGAUCAGGAUUUUUUUUUUUAAAUUUGUACAUUGUUUGUAAAACUUGCUACAUUUUUAGAAAUAAGCUACUGGCUGAAUUCAUUUUUUGUUUAACAUGAGAUUAUCUCAAAUCAUGACCUAUUAAAAUAUAUUUUAUGUAAAUAUUUUUAAUCUGAAUGUAGGAAGGAGAAACUUCUUUCCAAAGGAGAGUACAGGUGUUUUCAAAGGCACCAGUAAGUUUUAAAAAAAGUUGCAUCAUGGGGCUCUGCAAUGUGUCCUUCCGCUGUUCCAUAUUUUUAUUGCUGGAUUGUACAAUAUGGAGAGUGCAGGACCUCGCAUGGAACAUUUGAUUCAAAUGGCCUUGACUCAUCAGAGUGAAUUGCAGUAUACUGUCAUGUAAGCCUCACAGUCCACACAUCUGCUGUGUACUAAAGCAGAGAACAGCUACUAGCUUGCCUAUUUCAUGACAUUAUGCAUAUCCAUGAUGAUUCUGGAAAACUGUAUCCCUCCACUGAACCAAGAAUAGGUGUUCUCCAACUUUGCAUAUUGCCUUUGUCAGCAGAUUAGCUCUGUUUCAUGCUCCCAAAAGCCAGAUUUAUUGCUUUUGUUCUCCUGAAUCCUCACAGUGGUAGAUAUCACUUGCUCUUUCAAAAUAAUGAAAAUUUGUAAAGACAUUUUCUGAUAUUGCCAGGAAAAAAAAAUAUUGAUCGUAGUUAUGUGUAACUCUGUAUUUAACUGUAAACUGUGAAUUGUUGCUGAGGGCUCCAGCUCUAGAAAAUGCUUCUCUCUCAGAUGCCCCUUCUACCUUAGCUGGGGAGCUGUUGUCUUGACAGUGAUCUCAUCGGCAGAGCACUCAGCAAAGAGAAAUCGAAUCGUGGCUGUCUUUUGUGCUUGUGUAUCUCAUGCUCUUCAGCCUGGGAACAAGACCUGGCAGUGUUUUCCUGCUGUGCUCUGCUGAGUUCCUGCCUGAUGGCUCUGCACUCCCUUUACCCUUCCAGAAAAACUAAGAAAUUGGUUCAAAAUCUGUCUUGAUUGUUUUGGGGUAUUUUUUGUUUGUUUGUCUUUUGGCUUGGACUGCAUAAAAGAAACUGCCUUCCAUUAGUUUGGGGUGACCUGAAGGUAGGACGCUACUUUCCAACUCAAGACAAUUUUCUCUGUACUGAGGCCAUGGUAACAUCCCUUCACUCAUCCUUUCACCUAGGCCAGUCAGCAAUAGCCCUUCAAGCUCUUUGUUGACUUCAAAAUGAUCUUAGCAGAGUCACCCUGAUCUCUAGGUCUUUCUGUCAAAUUAUGCAGACAGAUGAACUGCUUCAGUGCUCUUUGAUCAGACACUGUUUUACAUGAAUUGUAUUUAUAACUUUUAUUUCUUAAUGACAAUAAACUAAUUUAUAAAUUUGAAAA